AUGCUCCUCUUCAUCAAGACGUCCAAGCUUAAACUUCCAAAAAGGUUAUUGUCCAAUUUUAGAAAAACAUGCAUCAGUCCAUCAAGAAAUUAUUCAAGGAAACAAACACAGUCUUUCAGAACUGUAGAAGAAUACUACAAAGCAUUUUAUAAGAGGAAAUAUGAGCAAACUUUUCUCUGGGGUAUUCCCUUCGCAACAGUCCUCACAUUAUUAAUCAAUCAAUACCACACAACAAAUAUACAAAACGAUGUGAAACUGGAAUUAUCAUCGACCAAGUCGCCCAUCUCAACCGACGAAGUCACCAAACAUAAUUCCGAAAAUGAUUGCUGGAUAGUAAUCAAUGGUCAGGUAUAUGACCUGACUUCAUUCAUGUCCAUCCAUCCAGGUGGUUCAGACAUUAUCAAAUUGAAUGCUGGUAAGGAUGUCAGUGCAAUAUUCAACCCAUUACAUGCUCCAAAUGCCAUUGAAAGAUUUCUACCACCAGAAUGUUAUUUGGGUCCCCUACAAGGUACAAUGCCCAAAGAACUAAUAUGUGAUCCAUAUACCCCUGGUGAGUCCAAGGAGGAUAUUGCAAGAAAAUUGAAGUUAAGGAACAAAUUGCCACCAUUAGAAUCCAUCAUCAACCUUUACGAUUUUGAGAUGAUCGCCUCAAAGAUUCUUUCCAACCAAGCCUGGGCUUAUUAUUCUUCUGGUUCUGAUGAUGAAAUAAGUUACAGGGAAAAUCAUUCAGCAUAUAAUAGAAUUUUUUUUAAACCCAAAGUGUUAGUGGAUGUUUCUCAGGUGGACUUGAAGACUGAAAUGUUGGGUUCUAUAGUAGAUGUCCCCUUUUACGCAACUGCGACUGCUCUAUGUAAAUUGGGGAACCCUGAAGGUGGCGAAAUGGAUAUUGCUAGAGGUUGUGGUCAAGGUGAUACCAAGGUUGUACAAAUGAUAUCCACUUUGGCUUCAUGUUCCGUGGAUGAAGUUGUGAAUGCGGCUCCUUCAAAAGAUCAAAUUCAAUGGUACCAAGUUUAUGUGAAUUCUGAUAGAAAUAUUACAAAAGAAAUGAUCAAGCAUGUGGAGGAAUUGGGUGUCAAGGCAUUAUUUGUUACUGUGGAUGCUCCAUAUAUGGGAACUAGAGAAAAGGAUUUAAAGAUUAAAUUCUCCAAUUCUACUCAAGGUGCAAAAAUUAUGAAGACUCGUAUGGAUGCGGUAGUGAACAAUGACAAAGAGGAGGAGGAAACUGCAGAUGUUACUGCUGGUGCAUCUAGAACUCUGUCCAAAUUUAUAGACCCCUCUUUGACAUGGAACGAUAUUAGAGAACUGAAAAAAUGGACAAAAUUACCUGUAGUCAUUAAGGGAGUACAACGUUCGGAAGAUGUGAUCAAGGCAGCUGAGCUUGGCGUUGAGGGUGUCGUGCUUUCAAACCAUGGCGGUAGACAACUUGACUAUUCAAGACCACCGAUUGAAGUUCUGGCGGAAACAGUCCCUAUUUUGAAAGAAAGAAAUCUAGAGGGUAAACUAGAAUUAUUUAUUGACGGCGGUGUUCGUCGUGGGACAGAUGUCAUCAAAGCCUUAUGUUUAGGCGCUAAGGGUGUGGGAUUGGGAAGACCAUUCUUAUAUUCAAAUUCAUGCUACGGUAAAGAUGGAGUUGAGAGGGCAAUUGACAUAUUGAAGAAGGAAAUAGAAAUGUCUAUGAAGUUAUUAGGUGUCACUUCCAUUAAGGAACUUACUCCCGAAUUACUAGACACCUCAAGUUUGAAAAUUAGAUCAGCUAAUCUCCCUCAUGAUAUUCUCUUCGACAAUCUCUACCAGAACCCAACGUAUAUAAAAUUCCUAGACGGUGAGUGA